AUGGCUGCGGCCGAUCCGCCGGCUGGCCUCAUGGUCAUCGCCAGUCUCCUUCCCCAGGAAGAGAUUCCCAUGAAGCUGCGAUGCGCCAUUUGCAAUCUCUUAGCGACGAACGCAUUCCGUUUGCCGUGCUGCGACCAGUCAAUCUGCGAGACAUGUCAAAAUUCUCUAUCCGACACAUGUCCAGUCUGCGCCCACUCCCCCGUAUCUCCUGAUCUCUGCAGACCAAACAAGGCGCUCCGCAUCACUCUAAAGGCUUAUUUGCGCACCGAAGAAAAGAAGCGCGAGAAAGAACGCCAAGCUGCAGCUCCACCAACUCCAACCACUACCAAUCCACCGGCGAAGACUGAAUCGCAGGGUUGUGAAGAGAAUCAGGCGAAGAACGAGACAGUCCCAGAUGUCCCUGAGUCCUCAGGCGUAGCGGCCGCAGAGGGACCGAAUGGGAAAGCCGAUACGGUAGAGGCUUCACCGUCUACAGAACCUGCUGAGAGCGCAGCGAACGUGAACCAUCCAGAGCCUGCCAAUCCAUCAAAUGAGGUAUCCCACUUUUCUUCCCGCGUCAGAAGUACAAGUGCUCACACGAAACAGUCUACACAACAGCCAGACGAUGCUCCCACGGAUGCUACCAAUCCCCCUAGCCCCGCCGAUGCCCAAGUCGACCCCGCAGUGAAAAAUGGUAUCGCGGCCCAAGAUGCGCCAUUGUUGCCGGGUCAAAUUUCAAAUCUUGCUGGCGGCGGGCAAGGGGGAUUUUCAGGUAUACCAUGGAACUCCAACGGCAAUUUUGGCGCAAUGAAUCGAAUGAAUGGAAUGAAUCCUUUCAUGGCCAGCUCCAUGUACAACUUCCCGAAUCAAAUGGGGAUGUCUAUGAUGAAUAUGGAUCCGAGGGCCGCAAAUCAGGGGAUGUUCGGAGAUUACGGAAUGAACAUGACUGGUAUGGGCAUGAACAUGGGAAUGAACUUCAACGGACAGAACAUGUAUGGCACGUUAGGUUGGGACGGCUCACAACAAAACAUGUGGCAAGGCGGCGAAAAUAAAUUCAAUCCAAAUGCUUUCGCAAAUGGCACAGGCCCUCCUUACGAGGACCAUUUGGCGGGUCCAAUAUGUCUUACCAUUCUAACGCGGAUCACCAGUCUGGUUACUACGGGCCGAGCCAUAGCCGAGGUGGAUUCCGAGGUCGUGGGCGAGGCUUCUAUAAUCAAAGUCGCGGCUAUGGAAAAGACCGAAUCCGAAGUGGAAGUUAACCCCGCUGAUGGAGAACCUCUCUCCGGCGAAUCGAACCUAGUGAAUGGUGACAGCCAACAGCUGCAGGGCAUCCCUACUAUUGACAGUCUCGAUGAAUCCUCGACGGCAAUGCCGAAUGGUUAUCCUAAUUAUUCCAACCAUCCUAAUGUUGGAUAUGGCCGUGGAGGCUACAUGCGAGGACAUAUGGCGCAUCGUGGCGGCGGCUCAAUGAGUGGAUCCACCCAUCCUCAUGUAGAACUAAGGAACCCUGGUGUUGAAGGCGCCCCUGCUGCGCCUCGUGCCAUGCGAGAGGGCCGACCUAACACCAGUCUUUUGCGCCAGCGAGGCUUCCAUAAUCACACUCGCACUCUAUCUGGGAGUAAGGCCUCUGGAGUUCCAGCCAGAAUGACAGCAACAACGCCGAAACCCCGCAAGAACCACAGACAACGACCUCUCAAGAACACUCGCAAACCCCGCAUCCUGGAUCUCGAUCUCCUUCGCCGUCUCAAGAUAGAGCUUCACAACGUCGCUCACCUACAGUCAAUGGCGCCGAUGAUGACCGGGAAAGCCGCUAUGGAGGUGGCUCAAGGAAUAGAGAUCGUCACGCUCGGUCUCCAUCGCAGAGCUCUUCACAUCACUCUUCGAGACGUCACCGUGACGAGGAUCGAGAUCGCCGAACCGGCCACCAAUCUCACCGUUCACGACGUCACCGCAGCCGAGAUGGCAGCCGCAACCCCGACAGAGACAGGGAUACCAAAAGAUCAGACCGGUCUAACACUCGUGGCCUCGCCGGACGAAUCAGCAGUGACCACCGCUCAACCCGAGACCGACCCAGUCGGCGGGAGGAUGACCAGCCCCGUGACCGGCUUCGUGAUAGUCACCGUCGUGACCGAGACCGAGACCGAGACCGCGACCGAGACCGAGAUCGUGAGCGUGAGCGGGACCGGGACCGGGACCGUCGCGAUCGAGACAGGAAAUCAGACUCAGACCGCCGACGCGACCGGGAACACGACAGAACUCACGAUCGAGGCCGUGAAUCCGGGCGGGAGCGAGAGAAAGAACGCAAGCGACGUCGUGACCGUUCCGAAACAGCGUAAUGGUUACGACGACCGCUCGCACGACCGCGAUUCAACCAAAGCCGCCGCUGAGAAGGACCCUAAUACGCUCGAACGCGAGGCGCGCGACCGGGAACGCAUGCUGCGGGAAAAACAGCGCCGUGAGAAAGCGAAUUCCGGUAGUCGACGAGACAGUCGGCCAGAUCGUGUGGUGGCGGGCCGCCGCAUCAACUUCAAGUAUGAGGACGAGCUUUGA